AACAACAUGGCUAGGAAACAACGCAACGGCGCAGCGCCUCAAGAUCCUGUAGAAGAUGACAUUAUGAAUGAUCACGAAAGUGAAGGCGAGGAGCAGGAUAUUGGCGAGGAUGGCCCUCCUGCCAUUGACCCGUACGAGGUUCUGGGACUCGAGACAGAGGCAACUGCAGACGAUGUGAAAAAGGCAUAUCGCAAGCUGGCGCUCAAGUGCCAUCCAGAUAAGGCUGCGCCCGAAGAAAAAGAAGCCGCCAAUAAGGCUUUCCAAGAGCUUGCAUUCGCAUACGCCGUGCUUUCCGACGAUCGCAGACGUAGACGCUAUGACCUUACAGGCAGUACAGCAGAGACCAUCGAAGAUGAUGACGACUUUGACUGGCUAAAGUUCUAUCGCGAGCAGUUUGAGAAUGUCGUCAACGAGGAGGCUAUAAACAAGAUUGCCGACGAAUACAAGGGCAGCGAAGAGGAGCGGAACGAUCUGGUCAAGGCGUACAAAAAGGUCAAGGGCAAUCUGAACAAGAUGUACGACCUGGUUAUGCUGUCUGAUAUCCUGGUGGACGACGAGCGAUUCAGACAGAUUCUUGACGAAGAGAUUGCCAAGGGCACGAUCGAGUCAUAUCCUGCAUACAAAAAAGAGACAGACGAGACGCGCCAGAAAGCCAAAGACGCGGAGAAGAAGAGGCGCGAAGCCUUUGACAAGGAGCAAGCUCAGGAACAGGAAGAAGCCGAGCCCGUCAAGGGGAAAGCCAAGGCCAAAGCAAAGCCCAAGGCCAAGAAGAAGGGGGGAGAUGAUAUGGCAGGUCUGGCAGCUCUGAUCCAACAACGGCAAAAGGCACGAGCAGGCAACUUUUUCGAUGCCCUGGAAGCCAAGUAUGCGCCCAAAUCACGAGGCUCCAAGCGAUCCACGCCCAUGGAAGAGCCGUCUGAAGAAGCAUUUGAAGCCAACCGCAAGAAGCAGAAACGGAAUGGCAGCGCAAAAAAGAAGGCCAAGCAAGAGAGUGAAGAUGAGGACAUGGAGUCUGAGGAUAUCGGGGACUCUGAGGAAGAAGCGACACCGCCUCCCAAGCAGAAGUCGAAAGGGAAGCGGAAGGCCCCCGCACGUGGACGUUCCUAGUACCUUAUGCAAAGUCAGACUGGACUUGGUGGCACUGUUAGGUGGUAAUAGAGAGCGCUCUUGGUCCUACCUUGAUUAGAUUGCACUCGAACGAGGCGGUUCAACUGAGCUUAGGCGUUCUGGUUGAUACCCUAGGUACGGUAUGCAGGGUGUUGUUUGGGCUGAGUCAUUUGCUGAGAAUCAAUCCGUCAGCUUGGGUUGUGGAAUUUCCGAAUACAAGCUGCGUGGUAA